AUGUCGCAACUGGUUCUUGAUUGGUUGAACAAAGAUGUUUGCCUGUCUCGGAAGGUGAAGGUGUUUGAGCGUGACUUCGCGAAUGGGUAUCUGUUCGGAGAAUUGCUUUACAAGCAUGGCCUCUUGCAAGCAUUCGAGGAGGAAUUCGUGGAUGAAUCUCAUCUGGCUGCGAAAAGGCAGAACUUCUCAAUGGUGCAGAAAGCACUUCGGGAAUCGGUCCAAGAGCUGAGCAUCAAGCUUUCCGACGCCCAGGUGGAGGAGAUCAUGGACGAAGACCGCGGAUCUUCUCUUCGAAUCCUGUACCAGCUUCGGAGAGUCCUUAGCACCAAGGCCAAGGGGGCCGUGACGUUGUCCAAGGGCACAGAGCGUCAUGGACGACCCCGGCUGCAGAAGCAGGUGAGAGGUGAAGAGGAGGAGAACUUCUUCGAUCAGAGAGUGAAAGCGCUUCGGCCGAUAGAUCAGCGAUAUCCCUACGAAGUGCACAACAAGGCCUUCGUAGACGAACACACCCGGCAGCUGCGAAGCGCCCGAGAAAGAGAGUAUCAGGAGACGGUGGAGAGAAGCGCCAAUGUGCAGGAGUUCAGACACUCCCAGAUCAAGAAAAUGGAGAGCAGCAAGGCUCAGAAGGAGCUUGCAAGGAAAGCUGGAGAGCAGCACUGGCAGGGUGUGCAGGAGAAGAAGUACAACCUGCUCGAGAAGGACCUAAACUUCGAGAAGGAAAUGAUCCGCAGAGAUCAGCAGAGGAUAGCUACAGUCCGCGAGCUUCAUGCGCAAGACUGCGGCUUCAGGGAAGGAGAUGAGGACAAUCCUCAGUCUGCAUUCGCUAGACGGAAGAAGGACCACUGGCUUGGCAGGAGCAUGGCAUUGCCUGGUUCGAAAAAAACCUCCAGCGGAUUGGCAUCGAUACGCAAGGUCCUCGGGAACAGUGCUUGCCACCUCAUGCCAGGCCAUGUCGUGCGGCUUGUGAGAGACGACCAUGGAACGCAUUGCCCGUCCGAGGUCUGA